UAAGGUUUUUCUCGUUUAAAGAGACUUCAGCCAAUGGGAGUAUCGCUCCUCUUGAAAAGGCGGUCAAGAAAUACGAGAUGGGCGCAGUUUAAAGGGGAGGCUGUGGUUUCCAGCCUCUUCCCUGUAGCUCCUCUUCGGCCUCGUUAGCAUAUCACGUGCCCGCGGCUUGGAGCUUAAUGAACUGGACACUCGGCACCCCCCUGGCGCGCAUGCGCCGGCGUAAAAAAAUGUGCUUGGAAAUGAGGUGUCGGUCUUGGAGUAGUCGACUUUUAAAAACCAUCGGCAGCCCGUGAUAUGACGACUUCGCUGGUUCUGCAUCCACGCUGGGCGGACACCUUGAUGUACGUGUAUGAAAAAAGCCCGAAUGAGAGCAAUCAGAAUAAAAAUCCAGCCAUGGAGGGACUGAGCGGGAAUUGCCCCGCGAGCCACUGCAGGGAUUUGAUCUCGCACCCAGCGCUGGGGCGACAUUCCGGCAGCAUAGCGACCCCCCAGGGUUCCGUGUACUCGGAUAUUUCAUCUCCAGACACCGGCAGGCAGUGCCCCGCUCCCCAGACUUCCUCCAGCGCCACCCUGGGCUACGGCUACCCUUUCGGAAGCCCCUAUUACGGAUGCAGGCUGUCUCACUCGCACAACGUGAACUUGCAGCAGAAGCCCUGCUCUUACCACCCGGCGGAGAAAUAUGCGGAGUCCGGCAGUGCGCUGCCCUCGGAGGAACUGUCCAGCAGGGCCAAAGAGUUCGCCUUUUACCCCAGUUUUGCCAGCUCUUACCAGGCUGUCCCGGGCUAUUUAGACGUGUCAGUGGUCCCCAGUAUCAGUGCGCACCCGGAGCCGAGGCAUGACGCCUUGAUUCCCAUGGAAGGCUGUCAGCACUGGGCUCUGUCUAACGGGUGGGACGGACAGGUGUACUAUUCCAAGGAGCAAACACAGUCCACUCACCUCUGGAAAUCUCCUUUCCCAGAUGUGGUUCCUUUGCAGCCGGAGGUGAGCAGCUACCGCCGGGGCCGAAAGAAACGGGUUCCCUACACCAAGAUCCAGCUGAAGGAGCUGGAGAAAGAGUACGCAGCCAGCAAGUUCAUUACCAAAGACAAGCGGAGGCGCAUCUCCGCCACCACCAACCUCUCCGAACGCCAGGUCACCAUUUGGUUCCAAAACCGGCGCGUGAAAGAGAAGAAAUUCGUCAGCAAAUCCAAGAACAGCACGCACGUGCACGCGACUUGAUGCCCGCCGUCUGUCUUCCCUCCCCCCAGCCUCUCUCCGAUCAAAAAACACAAAAAAUCAAUAUUUAUCCCACACGCUUGUAUUAUAAUGCCCCCAACCUCACACGUUUUCCUUUCCAGUUUUGUUUUGUAAAAUUGUAUUUAAUUCCUAAACGAAACAGCUGUUUUUCCCCCUACAUUGCCUUUUUGUGCUUUGGAAAAAUGCUCUAAACUGUGAAAUCUUAUAUAUAAGUAAAAAAAAAAAUCAGUUCAACCACGCCUUUUCUAUGAAAUAUAUAAAAAAUAUUUAAAGUGAUCUCUGUAUUUUAACCAGACACCGCGGAUUGAUUUUUUUCCAUUAGUUGACAAGUUGAACGGCAAAAAUUUUUCUCGAAAGUUUUUAUUCGAAAUAUACUUCCCCCCCAGUGAAAACAGGAAAAGAAAAUCUGGAAUUCGGCUAUCUGGUGGCAUUUUUAUUGAAAUCUUAUAGGUACCUAGGAUUUUUUCUCUUCGAAGACUAAAAAUGUUUAGACAUUUUACACUUCUUUGCUUUCAGCCUCCGUUCAACAACAGAAUCGACGUUUUUUCAAUUUUAAAACUGUUUAAAUCGACAAAAAGACUCAUCGACUUCGAAAAUGACAACAGUUCUACCCGGGAUAUUUUACUUGUACCUUUUUGGUGUCUAUAGGGUAUACAAGCAAGGCUGCUAUUGCUAAAAUGUGUACAGUACAUAACAUUUAUUCUUAUUUAAUUCUUAAGCUGUGGGUUCCUGCUCAUAAGAGGGCUGUAGAUUUAACAGUGUUCAGAAUUUCAUCUUUCUUUCUGCGCCAUUGGAGAAAAUCGCCUCUUCUGCCACGCAGCUGGAAUGAUUGUAUUCGAUUUGAAAAUGAAAUAUUAAAAACGUUAAAAAAUGCACAAUUCUUUUUUUUCUGUUUUGUAAAAUAAGUUAGGUCUUAACUAUUUCAACUGUUCUUUCGCUUUGUACACACUUCGUCUGUGCAGUACGUGUUAUUGUGGUGUCCGAGUCAUACAUAAUGAAUGGAACGUGUUUCGCAAAUUUGUUUAACUCAAAUUUUUUGUUUCCGGAGGGACUCCUGAAGGUGAAUUAUUUCGUGAUUUCUUCCUGUUGUACAGUUGCUGGAAACCAGAGCGCCCUUCUUGUAAGAAUGAAAAACGCAAAGAUUAUCAAAGACUGCAACUGAAGUCGUCUCGCUCUGUAAUCUGAUUUUAGCGUUUGCUUCUGGGACAAACAGAUUUGGGCUUUCUUCGACGUUUCUAGAAAAUUAAAAAUUAUGCACAAAGACUUGGUCCGUUUUGUAUAUGGAGACCUAUAAAAAGGUCGGAGAUGGCACGUCUGAUUUCUCUGUAUGUACUUCCUGCAUAUUUACAUUUGUUUAAGUCUUAAUUCUCCCGUUUAUUUAUAAACCCAUUUGACAAGAACAGAAUGACUGCCUCGGUUAGCUCGUAUCAUCGGUUCAGGCAUUUAACAGCAUUGCUCAUUCAAAUGUAUUUAGUAGAUUCUAAAUUGCUACCGCUAUAGCGCUGUUAACUGUUUUUGAUGGAAAGUGCUCUUUGAAAAGUGGGUAGAACUUUUUCUGAGGGGAGGGGAGGGUGUUGGCGUUCAGACGUAGCUCUUUUCCCUCUAUUUUUAUUUGUCAAAGAUUUUAAUUGCCUGGUCUCUAAUGAUGCUUGUAAAUUUUAAUAUUCUGAUUGUUAAUUUGGUGAUGUAGUGUAGGUCCAAUUAUUUUUCCCUUGUUUCAUGCUCGCUGGAUAAUGUGUGCAUGCAAUGUUACUAUGCAGUAAAUAUUACAAUACAGUAAAAAUAUAU